CGCUCAGUGCAUUCCAGAGGCGUUCCUUUGAAUCCCGUGCAGGUCUGCCUGCCUUCCCUGGGAGAGAGGAAGAAAAAGGGAGGAAAAGUCCCUCUGGCUGGGAGACGGAAUGUCUGCAUUCUCAAUCCUCUUCUUAGCCUCCUGCUCCGUUUGGCUCUGUGAGGCUCAGACUGAAUUCAAGAGAGUGGCUGAAGAAAACGUGACCCUGCCCUGCCACCACCGCCUGGGGCUGCUGGAGCAGGGCAGCCUGGACAUCGAGUGGCUGCUGCACAUCUCCGAGACCGUGCAGAAAGCGGUGAUCACCUACUCUGGAGGCCGUGUUUAUGAUGACCUGAACGAGGAGCAGAAGGGACGGGUUUCCUUCACCUCCAACUUCCUCGCAGGAGAUGCCUCCUUACAGAUCAUCUCCCUGCAGUCCAGCGAUGCAGGGAAAUACAUCUGCAAGGUGAAAAACGCUGGGCAGUACGAGUGGGCUCGCAUCACCCUCAAGGUUGUAGAGAAACCCUCCAAGCCCAAGUGCUGGCUGGAGGGGGAGAUGCUGGAAGGGAAGGAGCUGUCCCUGCAGUGCCGCUCCGCCUCGGGCACUGCCCCCAUCUCGUACCGCUGGCAGCGCAUCAGCGAGGAGGACGAGAGAGCCGAGCACCUCCCUCCCAACUCCAGAGUCAACAUCUCGAACCCCGGGCAGGUGCUGCUGAAGAACCUGACCCAGCUGAGCACGGGGCUGUACCAGUGCGUGGCCACCAACGAGGCGGGGCAGGAGAGCUGCGUGCUGCAGGUGACAGUGCAGCAUGCACAAAAUAUCAGCAUGAUCGCCGGGGCAGUGUGUGGAGUGGUGGUGGGGCUCUCCCUCCUUUUCCUGGUGGUGAGGCUGACGAUAAGGAGGAAAGAAAAGAAGAGAUAUGAGGAAGAGGAGGCACCAAACGAAAUCAGGGAAGAUGCCGAGGCACCCAAGGCACACCUCGUCAAACCCAGCUCCUCCUCCUCCGGCUCCAGGAGCUCCCGCUCGGGUUCCUCCUCCACCAGGUCCACAGCCAACAGUGCCUCCCGCAGCCAGCGGACUUUGUCCACCGAGGCCACCCCGCACCUGACCCCUCCCCAGUACAGCCAGAGGCAGCUGGACAGGAAAGACCCCGAGCCAAAGAAAGUCGAUUACAACAACCUGGUGAAGCUGGGAGCGCCGGCGGUGAUGGUGCCCGCGCAGAGCCGGGCGUUCCAGACCGUGUGAGCAUCCUGGGAGCCAGAGCAACACUUCACACACCACCAGCCACUUUAGCAUCCUUAGGGUAGCUAGUUCUCUUCCUGGUCAGCUUAAUCUUAAUCACUCGGGAUUAUUCACACCACGAGAAGCCCUCCCACUCAAUUCCUUCUGAACAUCUUCCAGCACUGAGGUUCUGAUACUGACAGAUAUAUUGGAGGGAAAAGGGAGCUUCUUUUUAAAUUAUCUUUUUUUUUCUUUGACUGAGCAUUUAAAACCUAUGACAGCAAAGCGCUGUACGAGUAAAAAGAAGCCAAACCUCAGGAUUUUUUAAAAGGGAUCAACAGAGACUUAAAGAUGCAUAAUAUUCCAGACAGGUUUUGUGGGGAGGGAGGAGCCCCUGAGGCUGGUUUUGGAGAAGUGUCUCGAAGAUGAGUUGUCUUAAGUGAAGAUUUUGGGGCUGAGGGUGUCCAGCCUCAAAGGGAACUGACAGUGCUUCACAUUUCCUGCAUUCAGCGAAAUACUGGAGGCUGCAACUAAAGGAUCACUGCCAAAGGACAAGAGAUGCAGUAUUAAAGUGUCUGAACUAAACUCUGUACUAAAGGGAAAGGACCUUUUCUGUUGAGAAAACAGAGGUGCUUUAAUUGCCAGAAUAAACUUAGGGCCAGGAGCCUGAAUCUGCUUCCAUGGGCAGCAGUGCAGAGCCACGGGGGCCCCACUGGAGGGGUGGCCGUGGCUAAUGAGCCUUAGAGAGAGGAGAACUGGGCACUGAAUCCAGCAGGGAGGCAGUGCCCCAACGGGGAGCACCACCAAUGUACCAAAACCAGGAUGGAGCGUUUGGAAGAGCUGCAGAACUGGCCAGGUUUGGAGGGAGAAGUCUCAUGGAAAGUUCUUCCCGAGGUUGAACGAGCAGCAGUCCCGAGCUGACCCCCAGGGAAGGUCUGAAGGAUUCCCAGACAGGAAAACACACCUGGGACAGGUAAACAAGCACCAAGCGCUGCUCCCAUUAGGAAAUCUUUGUGUGCUUUGUCCCACUCCCACCCCAAAUGCUGGGCCAGAGCUGAGGCUUAAACCUUUAGCAAGCCUCUUAAAGAAUUGCAAGAAUUGUAAAAAAUAUUUUUGUGAGCAGCCAGGUUAAGUGUUUCCAUGGAAUAUGAAGUUAGGAAAGGAUGGGAGGUAGGGACAGAUGCAGAAUUCUGUUGUUGAUAUUUUCCUCAGAAGGAUUUGGCUCUGACUGCUGCUACACACAAGACACUGAGCUUCUAGAUUCCUGUAUUCCUGGUGAUUUUCUGUUUAAAGAAUGAGGGUGUUUGGGUUUUUUUUCCCCAUUUGAGGGAGGAAAAGGGUUUCUCCAAUUUGUGGGAAGAGCCUACAGAAGAUGGAUGAGCACAGAAGAACCACAGAUCUAUAAUUCUUUCACUCCAGGAUUGUCAUUAAUGUCCUUUUCUGACUGAGACCCAGAAUUCUAAUUUCUUUACUUGAGAUCUUUGACAUCCUCAUCCUCAGGCUACUUCCAUAUGGGAAAGAGUUUUCAAACUUGCCCUACACUGUAUGAGACCUUCUCUUCCUAGGAGCAGUCCCUCAAAAUUCCAUUGCUUUCUCUACCCCAGAUUAACCCUUGGCAGGACAAAUUGCUGAUGCUGUGCAGGGAAAGCAAUCCCAGUUUUAAACAAGGGAGACCUUGAGGUGUUGGAUAAGCUGCUCCUUCCGUGACAGCUGCUGGUGGUGGAUGCUCCAGGAGCACAUCCCUGGAUCAGCUGUGUGUGAAGCAGCAGCUCUGGGUGUCUGUCAUUCCUCUGCUUUGUUUUUCUUUCCUGAGCCCUGAAGGCUCCAAAGCACUCCCAAGCCACUCCAGAGCUGGGAAAAUUCCAAAAGCAGGAACAGGAUGGUGAAAGCAGCUUGUGGGUUCUUCUGUGGGUGCUCAUUGUGCUGAACCUUCCCUGUGCUGCCCCUGAGGAUCCUCACCCCGUGCAGAGACCCAGGAGCGCUUUUCCCAUGCCUGAGCCUCCAGGAGCUCCUCACCACAAACCGAGGGUGACAAUUCCAGCAGCUGAGCUGGCCACAGCUCAGCCAAAAGCUCUGGGGCAGCUUUGAGCCACAGCCCAGGCUGGUAAUUAGCAGAGAGGAGGCUCUGCAGCCUGGAGGGAGGAGAAUUCACCCCGGAAGGUUUUCCUGGAGCCUUUGGGCAGCCCUGGCAGCCUCUCCUGCUGUUAAACCUCCCUGUGCUGACAGCUUUGGGCAAGGUCAGGCAGAGGUGCAGUGGCUGAAGCCUGGCCUGGGGGAUUUUAAAACCUGGCUGCUCCAAACCCCGCUGCCUUGGAAUUUCCAAACCCUGCUGGGAUGCAGGAGCUGUCCAGGUAUCUGCUACAGCCCACACAUCAGGGAUUGACAGGGAAGGGAGAACUUCAUCACCCAAAGGGAACAGGAGAAAGGGAUCAUUCCAAAGGGUUUUUUUCCCAAAGGUUUUAUUUUCCAAGCUCCAGCUGAUCAGGAGUUGCACAAGGGAAGCAGAUAAGCCAAACCCUGUUUUGUAAAAUAGUGUAUUAAAGCAUUUACUGUCAUAUACCAGCUAUUACUCGUGUGAUUAAAUGCCUACAAUGUUAUGUAGCUUUUUGUUUCGCAGCAGCUAAACCAAGCUUCCAUCUCUGCUACCUGCUAUGAUUGGUGUACUUGUACUGUGUCUGAACAACUCAGAGGAAAGCAAAUAUUUAUUAUUGAUUCCUUCGAAUCAAUGAUUUCAUAAUUAUUAUUUUUUUUUUGGUUGGUUGUUUUAUAAAUAAAGGCGCUGCAGCUGAAGUGCUGCAGCUCAACUCAA